CCAGCCGACAAGAGGUUGACAAUUUCUGAAUUUGACAUUUCAAUGGCAAAACGAUAAGGUUAUGUUAUUUAAUAGCCCAGCCGCGAGCGAUAAAACAAAAAUUUUAAGUAAAAUUGUGACUAAUGACGCUAUUAAUGAAAAAUGAGUCAAAGACAACAUUCCUCGAGUCUGCCUUAGCUGGAGGCGCAGCGGGAGCCUUCACAAGAGCUGUAGCACAACCUCUUGACGUUCUGAAAAUAAGGUUUCAACUUCAGUUAGAACCUAUAAAAGAUGGAUCGAAAUAUAGCUCAAUUUUACAAGCAUGUAGCUCCAUAGUUAAAGAAGAGGGUUAUUCAACGUUAUGGAGUGGUCAUAUUCCGGCACAGUUAUUAUCAAUAUCGUACGGAAUGAUACAGUUUUCUGUGUUUGAAAAAAUUGUUGAAUUGAAUCAAGCAUCUGAUGCUCAGUUCGAAAGUCACAGACACUGGAUAAUAUUUUCUAGUGGUUCCGUAGCUGCUUCCGUGGCUACAGUUGUAUCUUUUCCUUUCGAUACUGUAAGAACCAGGCUAAUAGCAGAACAGAAAACGAGAAAGGCGUACAAAGGAUUUAUGGACGCAUUUAGCUCGAUGGUUACCAAAGAGGGGCCACAGGCUCUAUUUAAAGGGUUGACGCCUACUCUUGGGCAGAUUGCACCACAUGCUGGCAUACAGUUUUUUGUCUACAAGCUGUUCACCGACAAUAUACUAAACAAAUUGAGUUUAUUCGAUCGAAAAUCAUCUACAGUAAAAUCAACAUUAGCAGGUAACUUGAUUGCAGGUUCAAUAGCUGGGUUUAUAGCAAAGACUGCAAUUUAUCCAUUUGAUUUGGUAAAGAAGAGAAUGCAAAUACAAGGCUUUCAGCAACACAGGACUGGGUUUGGGAAGCAAAUGUACUGCAGUGGUUUGCUACACUGUAUAAAGUUAACUAUCAAUGAUGAAGGGUUCCUAGCCCUCUACAAAGGCUAUGGUCCAAGUAUGUUAAAGUGUAUCCUGGUCACUGCAUUGCACUUUGCAGUGUAUGAUGAAAUAAAACACAUGCUACUCAAAAUGAAAAGUUGAUGUUGCAAUCACAAUUGAAAUGAUUAAUUGAGAUGUUUAAUUUUACUGUAAUUUAAUUACUUGCCAUCUUAGUAAAUUGAACUUAUACUAGUAUCAAUAUACAGUAAAAAAUGUGUUUGUGAUCAGAUUGUCUUUGUACAGAGAUUUUAAAACAUAAAUGAAAAAAAAAAACUUUUUGGGCUUUUUAGAAAGUGCAAAAAGGUAGCAUUUUUAUUACUUGGGAUAACAAUAGCAGAAUAUUAAAUGAAAAAUGUUUUU